GUGAGUCUGCUUCUCCAGAAAAUAUCCAAGCAGAAGCAUAGUGAGUCUGCUUCUCCAGAAAUAUCCAAGCAGAAGGAUAGUGAGUCUGCCCCUCCAGAAAUUACCAAACAGAGAGAUAGUGAGUCUGCCCCUCCAGAAAUAUCCAAGCAGAAGGAUAGUGGGUCUGUCCCUCCAGAAAUCUCCAAGCAGAAGGAUAGUGGGUCUCGCCCCUCAGAAAUAUCCCAAGCAGAAGGAUAGUGGGUCUGUCCCUCCAGAAAUCUCCAAGCAGAAGGAUAGUGGGUCUGCCCCUCCAGAAAUUACCAAGCAGAAGGAUGAUGGGUCUACCUCUCCAGAAAUAUCAAAACAGCAGGAUAGUGGGUCUGACUCUCCAGAAAUAUCCAAGCAGCAAGAUUCUUCGUCUGCCCCUCCAGAGCCAACUAAGACAACCAAGGUGCAUGAUAUCAGUGUAGCAUCAGGAGAAGCCCCAUGUAUUAUUGGCAAAGCACAGGUACAGUCAGAUGAGAACAAGCUGACUGAAAGUUCCAUUAAUACUGCAACAGUGGAGCCUAAUGCAAAACAACGAGAUCAGUCGAAUGAAGACCAAUCUAUGCAACAAAAACCCAUUAUUAUGGAAAAACCUGCAGAAGAAAUUAAGCGAGCACGAAAGCCGAGGGAUUAUUGGGCUGAAGCUGGUAGACACAGUCAUCCCAUCGUUGUUCCUCAAGCUGCAAAACCAGCAAAGGAAGUGCAGAGUGCAGGACCACCAACAUUAUACCGAGAAGGUGUGAGCGAAGUACAGUUGUCGGGGAUGAAAGAGGAGGAAGAAGUACCUGAAGGACCACCAAAGCUGGAUGAGAGCAUCCAAGAACGCGAUCGCUCCAUGAUGGAAGUAGAUGUGGAACCUGCUACUAUCACUGAAUUGCCGGAAGACACAGCAACUCCUAAAGGAAGUCAGGAGAAGCAUGGAGUGAAUCUGUCAGGUGAGCAAAGUGAUGGAAGCAAGCCACAUGCUGAAGAGGAUAUAUCUGUAAAAGAAGUCCAAGAGCAGUAUAAGGAUACCCAAGAGGAAGAUAUUGAACAGAAACUCAGUGCAAAGAGGCAGGAGACAGUUGAUGAGGUGGGUGACAAAAACAAAACAGAAGACACGUCGUUAAUUGAGGACAUGGCUGAAAGGAAGAGAAAGGGAAAACAGAGAAGAAGAGAAGAGAACCAAGAUACACUUGAAGAAAAUGCUGAUCUUGUAGGUGUUCGUUCCUUACAGAACACAAGUCAACUGCAGGCAGUACAUGAAGAUAAACCAAAAAGGAAACCAGAAAAGGUGAAACUCAAAAGAGGUCCAAUAAUUGAGAUGCAUGAGGAUGAGGCUAAUACACCGUCUCAGGAUUCGGAUCAGGUCACCGAACAACAAGAGAUGGAAAGUCCACAAAGGGAUUGUGAACAAAUAGAUAAGGUGAAACAGGAGAGCUUAAACAUUGAGUCUACGGAAAGAAGACAGGAAGUCAGGAAACCUGAGAAAGAAGAAGUCAAGGUUAUGGAGAAAGAAGGAGUGGACGAAGUUAAAAAAGAAGAAGUCAGUGAGGUUGAGACAGAUGGCAAAGAAGCUGAGAAAGAAGAAGUUAGGGAAGACAGAGGGUCUAGGUCACGGGCAAGUUCUAGGGGUAGAUCCAGGUCUGGAUCUAGUUCAAGGUCAGGAUCAUGGUCAGGUAGUCGAUCACGAUCAUAUUCAAGGUCAUUGCCCAGAUCACUGUCAAGGUCUCCACCAAGAUCACGAUCAUUUUCGCGUCAUCGGUCAUUUUCUAGAUCACGGUCUCGAUCGAAAGAUAGCUCUGUUUCAAGGUCACGGUCACGGUCACAGUCAACACAACCUGAAGCAAAGCAUGUUUUGCCUGUUGCCCGUGGGACAGAUGGGAAGGAGAAUUCAGUGGAAGUCGAAUCACCUAAAAGUGACAAAAAAUCUCAAAAGGUUGAGGUUGUUGAAGAGGAGGCAAUGCAAGUAGACAAGACAGAAAAAGAGGUGCAACCUCUGCUUCCAACAGAACCACCCAAGAUCCAACUAAGAAAGAUUUCACUACACUCUACAAGAACAGGCAGUACUGAGACAGCGACACAGAAGACAGGCGAACAGCCAACGCGCAAGCGUAGGUGGGGUACGGCAAGACCUGCUAAGAGAGCUACCUUAGCCAUCUCAUCUGAUGUCCUAAAGGACAUCAUACCGGAUGUGAAACCUGACCCCGUGGAGCCGAUGAUUGUUUUGGAUACGCGUGAGGUGCAGCAGGCUGAGAGCGACUCUGAUGUAGAGGAGGAGCUACCACCAUCUAAACUCAAGAAGGACCGGAAAGAAAAUGCUAUGCAGAUGGUUGCUGAGAAAGUCUCCCAGAAAGAUGUCCUAUCAGAGGAAGAGCUUGAUUAUGAAGAUGAACCUCAGCAAUCUGGUGAUAAGGAGAAUCAAGCAGUGGAAAUGAAGCCUAAAGUGGAAGAGAAAGUUGUAGGAAAGGUGAAACUGCAGCUGUCUGGAGCACUGUUUGAUGAGCCGGAGGCGGCCACACAGCCACCCUCACCCUCCCGCAACCCACCGUCCACCCUCGUGCAUAUACGCAACCUCGUGAGACCUUUCACUCUCAACCAGCUGAAGGAGCUGCUAGGACGCAGCGGCAAGCUGGUGGACAGCAGCUUCUGGAUUGACAAGAUCAAAUCUCACUGUUUCGCAGAGUUCGAAACUGUUGAUGAGGCAAUGGCCCUGCGGGCAGAUCUGCAUGGAGUUAAAUGGCCAUCUUCGAACCCAAAAGUUAUCAGAGUGGACUUCACAGAGCCGGCAGAGUUGGAUUUUCACCGUGAGUUAACAGUGAAGCAGGACCAGAAGGCAGAAGCCAUAAAAGAGAAACUCCGACAUCAGCACAAGGAAGAGAAACGACGAAAGAAAGAAUUGGAGUUGAAGGCAAAGGAAACAGAGGAGCAAGCAAGAGAGCGCGCAAAGCGAUCCAAAGAGGAAGCAGACAGAGACUUGAGAGAGGUUGAGAAGAAAAAGCGCUUGGUUGAUGUGCGAGAAUGGGACAAGGACAAAAUACCAGGUCGCUCACCACCUGAAUACGCUAGCAGAAACAGAGUGCGCCCAAGGUCACCUUCAGCUGAUGGCGCGAAAAAGGACAGGUCACUUUCACACUCUCCUAGCAGAGAUAUGAAGAGGAGGGACCGCAGCCGGGAUAGAAAAGAGAAGAAAGAGCGUAAGAAGGAAGGGAAAGAAGAAGCACCUGCUAAACUGUUGGAUGACCUAUUCCGCAAAACGAAGGCCGUACCAUGUAUCUACUGGCUGCCUUUGACUGAUGAGCAGAUUGCUAUAAAGGAGAACGAGCGAAAGCAGAGAAAGGAGGAAAGAGAAAAGCGGCAAGCUCUUAUGGAGAAGAUGGAACGUGAAAAGGCUGAAGAGUCACGACGGAAAGAGAGAGAGACAAGGCGCCGCAGUCGCAGCAAGAGUCGCAGUCGCAGUCGCAGCAGACGUAGACGCUGAGCGGGACUGCCAUCGUCAGCACGUACAUGCCCAGCAAUGCUUGCAGUACGUCAGCGCGUAAUGUAUCGCUGUGCUCUGCCAACAUGGAUUCAUGCUAGCCUACAUGCGUGCCAGAAUGGUGUGGGGUCCAGCCAAUAGUGGAUAUGGCAGUGGUGCGACAGGUCGCAUGAUAGAUACGUGACUGCCCCCGGCAGUGAGAAGCACAGAGGAUCCGUGUUAUCAAAAUGACACUCGUAGUUUCUUCUAAUAUCUCGCAGUGAGGAAAGUGGGAGUCAUUAGUUGCUGUAGAGUUCCUUCCCAUUUGGAAUUCAAAAUUUGAUUUGGUCAUCUACUUGUGUUACUGUAGUUACUAGUGCCGCAAAGAUUUUCGUGGAGCUGUUUGAUGUUCUCCUCUGCCUUAUCAAGUAUUUAAUUUACAUGUGUACCCUACCCACUUUCCAUUAGUUUACCAGCAUUUAAAUCGGGUGAGGUUUGUAAGGGAUUAUUCUCAUUACCAACAAAAGUUUGAAAGAUGAGUUUACUUCAUGUAUACACAUGCAAAGUCAAAUAUUGUGUGUUAUUUAGCAAUUAUUCGCCGAAGGCGUGGUGAAUCUUGUUGAAUAUUCCCCGAGACGAAGUCGAGGGGAUUAUUCAA